CUUGAAGCAGCAGUACGCAAUCAGAAUGAACCGCCAAGACGAAGUCGCCGCGUUCCAAAAGCUCAUGCCAGCAUCGGCGAUUGAAUCAUGCAGCCCAGAGCAGCUCCAAGCGUCCAUUCAGUACACACGAUAUCGGAAACUGCGCCUGCGGUUGCGCUUCCCGGACAACUACCCCAACGAAGAGCUCGUGAUUGAGCUCAUGAGCGACACAUUGCCGGACGUGGCAUUGCGUCGGCUGACCAAGUUUGUCGAUGCAAAGGCCUCGGAGCUAGCCAAGUUGGGCCAGCCUCAAGUCCAAGCCGUGGUCGAGCUGAUCCAAUCCUCACUUGCCGACAACAAGUUGCUGUACGCCAACGACGAAGUGCGGCAGUUGAGACUACUGGCCGAGCAAAACGGGGGCGAAAUCAAACUCAACGAGCGCGCAGGUCGUGUAAAGCUACUCCUGCGACACCGCGGCUACGUCUUCCACGCCAACAUUAAACUGGACGAUCAUUACCCAGACUCGCCCAUUGCAGUGUCGUGCGACGAGUCCAACUUGCCAGCGUCGAUUGUUGCAUUGGUUGUCAAGCAAGCCAACGACAUGGUGGCGCGGAUUGUUCAGGGCUACACGGCCGACCAAGCGCUGUUUGCGUCUAAUCCGUUGAAGAAGCCGCUUCGACUUGUGGACGCAAUUGAGGACGAGGCCACUCCAGUCAAGAAAUCUGGCACCAAGAAGUCUGCUCAAGUGCCGAAAGUUGUCAUCAAGGCAUCUCCAAGAGACAACAUUUCCCCAAUGUACUACGCACAAGACGGUGGAAUUUUGCAUCAAGCCCCGCUGGACGUGGCGGUCAAGAGUUUGGUUCCAGUGUGCAAAACAUUCCUGUGGAGCCAGUGCCUAGUGGGCUUGGCUGCGACCACUUGCGUGACGUGCGGCCAAGCUAUUUUGCCCUCGGAUCCCUCCGCAGCAAUCAGCUCUGGGCAACAGCCGCUUCAAGCGUACUGUGGCCACUGGUACCACCACGACUGUCUGGGGCCGAUUCUGCAGAGCCCCCCGUUUGUCCACGGCUGCAAGGCGUGCCACGUCAUCCUGCACCACCCCCUGUGGUCCACCAACGUCGACGAACUCAAGAGGGGGCACGAACGUGCGAUCCGACAAGCCAAGGAACUCGAAGAAAUCGCCGACAUGUUUUAAACAGCAAUAAUAUCGCCAAAGUUACUCAACGAAUUACGUCAACCUCCA